AAAGAAUAUAGGCGAAUGUUUUACAUCAGUGUUGAUUUUGAUUUGAUUUGAUUAUUGUUUGUCUCCUCUUCAGGUGAUAAAGAGUUAUUUCCCGGCUCACAUUUCAGCUCGCUGUUGAUUGGCUGGCUGGAAGAUAUUCGCCGCGGAUUGGCUGAGACUGAAGGAGCUUCAAAUGAACGGUGCGCUCAAAUCCGCUCUCGCGCAGCUUUGCGACCAAACGAGUGCUGCAGCAGCUGGAGCACCGCUGUGCGUUUCUGUGUCACUACACACACACUCUGCAGAGUUCAUCGUUAUCUAACUCUGGGAACUGCGAGACAUCCGAAACUUAAAAAGGAGAGAAUACACUGGAGAGAAACAACAUGUUGUGUGUGCGAACUUCGGGUGACUGCUUCAGGGACCAGAUGCGGUACAUGAUACGCUCGAUGCAAGACCUGAAGCAGCUGCAGGAGCCCAGUGAGCCCAACAAGUGCUCUUACGCAGUGACACGAGCUUGCCGACGGAGAGCGCUACAGCGAGAACACUUGGCCCGUAUGCGGAUCUCCCAGUCCAGUGAUGGCAGCACCUACGACUCGGCUUGCUGUCUGGCGAGUCCACUGGAGGAAGAACAGGACGAGGAAGAUGCAGUCAGUCAUCUGCCUCAGGGUUCGCCGUAUAGUGAGAAGAGCGUGGACUUCGAUUCAGGAUAUUCUGAGGCGUCUUGGCAGGAUGAGGGUGUGGUUCUGCGGCGCACUAGGAAUGUGCGUGUUUCAUCCUCCGCCUGUGUUCGCACUAACCGCAUUCGACCCAAAUCGACCUCGGAUGCAUGCUUGGAACGCUGGACCUCGUUUGAGGCCAGUGAACCCGAGGACUGGACCGCAUCCCUGUUGACAAGAGGCCGCAACAGGCAGCCUCUCGUGCUGGGAGACAACAGCUUUGCAGACCUCAUUAAAAACUGGAUGGACCUUCCUGAGUGUCCUGAAGUGACCAAUUUAAAGCCCAACCCAAGUAGCAAGCUAGCCAAAGACUUUCUGGUUAACAUGAGGCGGAAACUAGCCAUCAUGUCCAAGGGAAUAGAAGGACGAGGCAAGUCUGCGGGGCCUUGCACAAAGCGGAUGUCAUGUCCUGUAGGGUUUCAGAUUCCAAAGCCAUUCUUUCACCAGUCACACACUGGGCUACACCAGAUGGAAACAGACUUUCACCAGUUCAGUGCCCUCAUGAGCAGUGGGAGCAGACAGCCUAUUAUAUGCAAUGACAUUAUUGGCUAUAUCUAAGGCCUUGCCAUAACAGGAUUCUACGACUGGAUAAUAAUCAUCAAGCAUCAUAUAUAAGUAUGUGUACAUAAAAUGUAAAGUGAAAUAAAUGUUUCUGGAAAACACAACAAAAACUGUUUGAAAUUUGUUUUUUUUCAAGUAUGUAAAGACUAACGCCUUAAACACUGGAUAUGGCAUUACUGAUAUCUUCCAAACCCUCACGUAAGCUAAUAACUACAUAAUAUUCACAGGAUCUGAUUCGGUAGGUUUUAAUGACUGUAUGAUUAUAAUUUUUGUUUAAGGUCAUGUUUGUGGCAGUGCUAAGGCUUAAAGUUCCACCGUAGAUUCACACUUCUACUUAGGUAAUGAGAUCAAGGUAUCGAAGCUGGUCAUGGGCAUACUAACUUUAGCAGAGGACGUCCUUAUAUAGUAUAAUACUCCUAAAAUACUACUGAUGCUGCAGGUUGAAAAUAAGAACUUCACAAUCUGUGAAGAUUACAUAGCGCUAGUACAAAACUAUUCCAUUUGCUCCUGUGUGUGAAGGGAAAAGAAACAAUACAGUUGAAAUGACAUGCUGAUCUAUAAAUGUAUGUACACAGCUGUCAUAGCAACUGUGUGUUAGUUUCAGUGUGCCACUGCAGCUGUGUGCUAAUGCAAUUAACCCAGUGCUCAUGUCAGGUCUGAUGGCUCGUCUGCUUGGCUACAACUUUCAAAGGAAGAAGGGAGUCCCGCACUUAUGUUUAUGUUUGAGGAUGAAGAGGAUGCUCAUGUCAACACCUCAUCAGAGAUGCCUGCUGUGGAGUUUUUUUUUAGCUCCUUCUUGGCUCCUCAGUAAGAAGGUCAUUGUGUGUUUUGUGUGUGUGUGUGUGUGUGUGUGUGUUCUGAGAUGGGGAGGGGAGUGUGGCUUGAUCAGUCUACUGGGUCCAGAUGGAACCUUGAACAAACUCACUUAACCUCUCUCUUUUUUUUUUUUUUUUUUU